GUAAUGUAGACAAUAUUUAAAGGGGUUAGAAAAUAAAGAAAAGAAAGCAAUGCAUAGUACUAGGAGUGGCUAAUUCCAAAAAUCUCUCAUGCGUGUUGUGUUGUGUUGUGUUGUAUGAGUGAGUGAUGGACGUUUUGAUUCUUGCGGGGCUGAUUCACUCACAUGCUCCCCCCAUCUUGUUCCUCUCUUACUUCUUCUGCUGCAUCCACAACAACACUCACAGCAGAGAGUGAGUGUGUGUGUGUGAACAACCAAAACUAAUUUGCUUUACAACAACAACAACAACACCUCUCUCAUUUUAACACUCACACACCUUUUGCUUUUUAGUAGCUAGCUACCACUUUCUGUUCUUCUCAUUUUCUUUCUCCCUUUCUCUCUCAAUCAAACAAACAAUGUUUACUAUGCCUCUCAAAGUUCAUCUUCUCUUCUUCUUCCUCUUCCUCUCUCUAGAGUAUCUCUCUUCCGCUUCAUUGCCUCGUAACCCCGAAGUGGAAGCUUUGAUGAGUAUUAAAGAAAGUUUAAAUGAUCCACAUGGUGUAUUAAGCAACUGGGAUGAAUUCUCUGUUGACCCUUGUAGUUGGCCCAUGAUUACUUGCUCUUCUGAUUACCAAGUUAUUGGAUUUGGUGCUCCUAGUCAAAAUCUCUCUGGAACUUUGUCUUCAGCAAUUGGAAAUUUAACAAAUCUCAAACAAGUGUUACUGCAGAAUAACAACAUCUCAGGCAAAAUACCAUCAGAAAUUGGAAACCUUCCCAAGCUUCAGACUUUAGAUCUUUCAAAUAACAGAUUUUCUGCUUUGAUUCCACCUUCUCUCAGUCAAUUGAAUAGUCUUCAGUACCUGAGGCUGAACAACAAUAGCUUAUCUGGACCUUUUCCUGUUUCACUGGCAAAAAUCACACAACUUGCAUUCUUGGACUUGUCUUAUAACAAUCUCAGUGGACCAUUGCCCAAGUUUCCAGCCAGGUCAUUCAAUAUUGUGGGGAACCCAUUAAUUUGUCUAAGCAUCUCUAUUGAAGGCUGUUCUGGAUCAGUGACCCUUAUGCCUGUUUCUUUCUCCCAAGUCUCAUCAGAAGGAAAACACAAAUCCAAAGAACUAGCAAUUGCUCUUGGGGUCAGCUUUAGUUUUGUUUCUCUUGUGAUCCUGUUUUUGGGGCUCUGUUGGUAUAGAAAGAAAAGACAGCAUGGAGCCAUCUUGUAUAUUGGUGAUUAUAAAGAAGAGGCAGUUGUUAGCUUAGGAAAUCUCAAAAAUUUCGGUUUCAGAGAGCUCCAACAUUCAACGGAUAAUUUCAGUUCCAAGAACAUACUUGGUGCUGGGGGUUUUGGCAAUGUUUAUAGAGGGAAGCUUGGAGAUGGCACAAUGGUAGCGGUGAAAAGGCUGAAAGAUGUAAACGGUAGUGCUGGUGAGUUACAGUUCCAAACAGAAUUGGAGAUGAUCAGCUUGGCAGUUCACCGCAAUUUACUUCGCUUAAUUGGAUAUUGUGCUUCUAGUAACGAAAAACUUCUUGUUUAUCCUUACAUGUCUAAUGGCAGUGUGGCCUCCAGGCUUAGAGGAAAACCAGCUUUAGAUUGGAAUGCAAGAAAGAGGAUAGCAAUUGGAGCUGCAAGGGGACUUUUGUAUCUUCAUGAACAAUGUGAUCCAAAGAUAAUACAUAGAGAUGUAAAGGCUGCCAAUGUGCUUCUUGACGACGACUAUGAGGCUAUCGUUGGUGAUUUUGGCCUUGCAAAGCUCCUUGAUCAUGCUGAUUCCCAUGUUACCACUGCUGUCCGUGGUACUGUUGGGCACAUUGCUCCGGAGUACCUCUCGACUGGCCAAUCAUCUGAGAAAACUGAUGUGUAUGGAUUCGGCAUUCUCUUGUUAGAACUUAUAACUGGAAUGACAGCUCUUGAGUUUGGGAAAACCUUGAAUCAAAAAGGUGCUAUGCUUGAAUGGGUUAGGAAAAUACAGCAAGAAAAGAAGGUUGAAGUGUUGGUGGACAAAGAACUAGGGAGCAACUAUGAUAGAAUUGAGGUUGGGGAGAUGCUGCAAGUAGCUUUACUUUGUACUCAAUAUUUGACAGCUCACCGUCCGAAAAUGUCGGAAGUGGUCCGAAUGCUUGAAGGAGAUGGUCUUGCUGAGAAGUGGGCAUCAACACAUAAUUAUGGUAGCAAUUGCUGGAGCCAUAGUCACAGCAACAGUAGUAGCAAUAGCUCAUCUCGUCCUACCUCUACUUCAAAACAUGAUGACAAUAAUGUUCAUGAUCGUUCUGUCAUGUUUGGCAUGACAUUGGAUGAUGAUGAUGAUCAGUCUUUGGAUUCCUAUGCUAUGGAACUUUCUGGUCCUAGAUAAGUACUACAAAUUUUAAAGAAAAAAAAUAGUAAGAAUACAAAAAAAAGGAUCAGAAGUUCUUUUGGUCAUAUAAAUCUUUAAAAGGAAAUUUUAUUAUAUUAACUUUGUUUUUAAUCCAUGAUAAUGUGUAUAUAUAUUCUACUACAAUUUUGUUAUUUGGGGUUGUUGUAGAUAGCAGUAGAGUAGUAGUACUAGUACAGUUGUACUAACUAUUAUGUAACUGUGCAUUUGGAUGCAAUAUUAUAAAAAAAUGGUUGAAGGUAAAAA